AUGGCAACAAUUGGAUUGGACUAUGUCUCGACUACUUACAAAUCCCCCAAUAGCGAGGACAUUGCAGUUAAGAUAUGGGACACAGCAGGUCAAGAGAGAUUCAAGACUAUCACAUACAGUUUCUAUAAGCAAGCACAUGGAGUUAUAGUGACCUUUGACGUGACAAAUUAAGUAUCAUUCACAAAUGUGAAGACUUGGCUCGAAUCAAUCUACCAGCAUGCUGAUCCAAGCAUUACAAAGGUAUUAGUCGGUAAUAAGAUUGAUCUCGAAGACGACAGAAAAGUAUCAUCAGAGGAAGCUAAAUCUCUUGCUGACCAACAUAAGAUGAAGUAUUUCGAGACCUCUGCAAAGCUCAAUAGAAAUAUUGAUGAACUUAUGCAGCACUUAAUGGAAAGGGUCUAUCAAAAGAUGUUCACUGACGUAACAGAAGAUAGCAGAGGAAAGAGCGUUGUUAUUAGUAAAAAGGACCAUAGAAGAUAGGAAUAAAAUGGUAAAAAUAAAAACGGUGGAGGUGGAUGCUGCAAAUGA